CAGCAAUACUGCAUUCAAUGAUCACAUGUUUGGACCGAAAAGUAAACCAAAUAUUUGUGCAAAUCUUCAGUGAUUUUGGUUUCGGCCGCAAAGCAUAUGAUUAAAGACGUGAACCAACAGAUGGACGACGAGAGACAACUCGACGACUGUAUGGACGACACGGAAGAAGACAUCGAAAUCAUCGAAAACGAAGACAUCGAGGACUUGGAUGCGAGCGAUGAGGAGGCGGACGAAGACUUUGUCGACGAGUCGACGCAAGUGUUCAGUGGACACGAGAAAGCG